CGGGUGGUGGAGCCAGGAUGGGAAACCAGGUCCUUCUGACUCCCUGACCCAGGCUCUGGCCAUUACUAUUUCAUGCUGCAGAGCACUGUCCUAAGUCCUCGGGAGAGUACAAUACAACCGCAGCGGCGGACGCAUUCUCCGCCUACGAUAAACUUACAGUCUUGGAGAUGGAGAUGGAAAUUCAACCAUCCCAUCCCAUUUCUCCCCCUCAAAAGAAAAAAAAUCCACAUUCUCAGCAGAAAAUGCGCCUCUCCUCCCUCCCAUUCCUGCCGCUGGGUUGAUCUGGAUGCUCUCCCUCCCCGAGACGGUCAGCUGUGCCAGGAGGCGACUCUCUGUUCUCCAGCCAAAGCGACGGUCAGCAGGCUCAGCCCGCACCUGUGCCUCUAGACAAGGCCUUCUAUUCCAGGAAGCUGCACCAUCAGAUGACCUUCCAGCCGCAGCCAAGAUGACCACGGUUGCACCCUUGGGUGACACCACCUCCCUCCCGUCAAACACGAGUACCAAGACAACCGAGGAGCUCCUCUAUAAGAGUUCUGGAGCAAUAGUGGCCGCCAUCGUGAUCUUCGUCAUUGUCGUAUUCACCGUGGUGCUGGUGCUCCUAAAAAUGCACAACAGGAAAAUGAGGACUAAGCGGGAGCUGGAACCGAAGAGCAGCAAGGCCUCCUGCCCGCCGGCCCUGGGGCCCAGCAGCGGCUCCGUCGGCCAGCCCACCGCACUCACUUUCGUCCCCGUGGACAUCCACAUGGAGAACCGGUGAU